AUCACAGUGCCUUAAUGCCAUUUUAAGAAGCUGCUCUUAAAGUAAUUCACUGUGUUCUCAGGGAGAGCUGGUGAGGGACUAAGGGACAUUUCCUCUGGACACUGAGUAUAAAUGGCUGGUGAUUUCAAAUAUAAACCGGACACCAAAAUGGCCUCAGCUUUGAAGGAAACGCUGAGGAACACCCUCAGCAACCUCAAAGUGACCGAAUUUAAGGGGAUUAAGCACUAUCUGCAGGAGAAGAGGCAAAUCACAUGGAAUCAGCUGGAAAAUGCCGACAGAUACGAUGUUGUGGACUUGAUGGUGCAGGUGUACAGCAUGGAAGCUGGGGGCAUCAUGGUGACCAUCUUGCAGAAGAUGAAGCACAACCAACUGGCCAUGGACUUGGAAAGGGAUCUGGGAAGAUUGAGAGGUGAGCAAUAUUCCCCAGGUCUGGCUGAAGGAGGUGGAGGGAUCAAUGUGGAUGCCCCAGCUUACUCUAGGGGGAUGGAGCAAACCGCAGCCUUGGGUGGAGGAGGCGUUUCUGGGCCACUGAUCGUCCCGAAGUGUUGCAGUGUCCUCUCUCAUCUAGAGAGUGAACAGGCGCAGAGCAAAUCAACGGCCCAAGAACAGAACCAGACCCUCAUGGACAUGCUGGAGAAGAAAGGAGCCGGGGCCCAAGACCGGUCUCAUGACCCUCCUGUGGUGGAAGAUCUUCAGAGUUCAGCUGUGAGCCCAGCAGUGCCUGAGCCUCAACAAGGAGGAGGUACAUAAACUCAGCAGAUGAGGAGAAGAACCUGACUCCAGCCCAGUGUUCAGCUCUGGCUUAUCUGCUGCUGAUGUCAACUGAGGACUUGGAG